CAAAGAAAGCUACGAGAACUCAGAGGUAGAAGAUAAUGAAAUAGAAAAAUCCUUAUUAGCUGAAACCUCAGACUUAGCAGAGAACAAACCUGCUUCAAGCACUCCAUAUAAUGAAAAAAGAAGGAUUUGCAAAAAGAAAUCCUUGCACAAGAAAAAAAUAUUAAUCCUACUCCUCUGCAGAUAA